AUGUAUCAACUUCCUCAUUAUUCUGAUGCACUUAAACAAUUUCCAUCGGCUGCACUUUCAGCUUAUUUUGCUGGAACUACAAAUAAUGGAAAUGGUAUUGUUCAUAAUACUGCUCAUCAUCCUUUAGCAGCAGCAGCCGCUGCUGCCGCUGCUGCUGCUGUUGUUUCACAUACAAAUCCAUUUUCCAUUGAUAAUAUUCUUGCUUCGCGUCCGCGUUUAUCUGUACCUUUAUCGUCCUACUAUGGUCCAACAGCAACAAAUACAGCUCAAGCUGCAGCUGAUUUCUAUUCAUUACAAAAUUUCUUUGCUGUGGCUUCCAUGGCACAAAAUCAUAAACGAAAAAGAAGACAUCGAACUAUUUUUACAGAAGAACAACUUGAACAAUUGGAAGAAGCUUUUGGUCGUACACAUUAUCCAGAUGUUAUGAUGAGAGAAGAUUUGGCUAUGAAAAUUGAUCUCAAAGAAGAACGUGUUGAAGUUUGGUUUAAAAAUCGUCGAGCAAAAUAUCGAAAACAAAAACGAGAAGCAACUGAACGAUGUCGUCGUGAAGCUCUUGAUAAAUCACAACGAACUGAUGGUGAAAGUAUUGCAACUGGUUCAUCAACACCAAGUGCAAAUUCAAGUUCAUCAUUAAGUAGUAUUGGUCAAGAAACAUCAACUAAUGUUGAUCAUUCACUUCCAACAUCACAUAAUUUAGUUGCAUGUCCAACAAUACCAAGUAAUAAUAGUGAUAGUUCAAGAUCAGAUAUCUCACUAGGUACUCAAUCAACACAUUCACCAAAUUAUAGUCAACAACCAUUAGCUUUAACAACUAAUGGAAGAUUAAAUAAUCAUAAUUCAGUACCGAUUAAUAACAAUUAUCGUAAAGAAACUUUUCCAAUAAAUCAUAUGAGACCACAUGUCAUUUCAGGAACAGCAACAAAUAAUAAUAACACUACACCAUAUCUUAAACUGUAG